UUUCAAACCAAACCUUUUUGUCUGGUGGCCCCUCUCUCGAUCUCGCAACUUCGCCGACGGUGCAGCUCAUUCACAGUUUUUCAAUUAAUGGAAAAUUCACAUUCAAAUGAGAAAGAUGCUCUGGAUGAUGAGCAGCUAGCUAAAGAUGGUUGGGUGAUGGUCAAGAAACAGAUAGUCACUAUCCUGGUUCCUGCCUCUGAGCAGUCUAUAUCAAUUGAUAGUCAAGAAAGCCCUCUGCAGGAACCACCAAGAAAAUCUAACAAAUCCCGAAAUACUAGUUCAGUGGGAAUCCACACAGAGAAUCAAACGGUUGUUGAACGUGAGAAGUUCAUACCAGUGGCAAGUAAACAUACUGUACAGCCUCAACCCACCAUGCACUUCCAGAAACCAUCAAAAUUAAGGAUGGCAUCGGAAUAUCCACAUGUUUCUAGUUUUAGAACAAGCUUCGUGAGAAAAAUAACUCAGCAACAUUUGAUCAAUGCCAAUGGGGGUUCAAUGAUGAACAAAAGAAUGAAGGCUCUUAAUAUUGAAAGAAGGCUCCGCAGUGCUGGUGGACUGACUAAUUGGUUGGUUUCGUUAGGACUUGGUGGUCAUUUUAUAAAGAUCUUUCGGGGUAAUAACGUCAAUAAAUUUCAGCUGGCGAGUUUGACAAUGGAAAAGCUGAAAGACAUGGGCUCGUUUGCUGUUGGUCCUAGGAGAAAGCUGUUACAUGCCAUUGAUUGCUUUUCCCAUCCAUAUUGUUGUAAGCAUAAAUGACCUUAUGGGACAGUAAUGACUAACAAGAUCAGUGUAGCAUUUUCCGGGGAAGGGAACAAGUCUGUGACAAGCUGCUACCUUACAGUGCACAAGGGGUUAACCACCGUUUGAUUACCCUAGGUGGCAAUGAACCUCCAUGAUGCAAAAACUAAUAUAAAAUGGAACAUAGCUGACCAGUUUAAUCAAGAAGUUAAGUACUCAGUCACUUGUGGUCAACAUGUUUGCUGCAUGACCAACAUGAUUACUCUAACUGGGCUUGGACUCGGGCCGGGCCGCCGGUUCCGUCAGUGGCAGAUCCAGGAAUUGGUUUUAUUGGGGGCACAAUAUUUAAUGAUACCGUCACCUAAAUAUGUUUGAGUCGUAAAAACACAUAUUGAUAAAAGUAAAACUAUGUUAGUUUGUAAAUUAUAAUUUAAGAUGAUGAAUCACACAAAUAUUACCAAAUAUAUUACUCCCUUCGUCCCCCUAAUUUUGUCCCGUUUUACCUUUUUCGUUCGUCCCAUUAAGUUUGUUCCAUACCAUAUUUGGUAAUAUUUGAGUGGUUAGAAUUCAUUCCUACUUGAUUUACAC